GAUACAACUGGUCCUCUAGUGAAGUCACGGUGAUGUCUAGGUCUUAAGGACUAAUGGUGUACAACUAUAUCAUAGAGAUCUCAACUCGAUUAUUUAGAACCACUUAGAUAUUUAUAGGAUGAGGGAGUUCAGUGAACUCUUCAACUUACGAGCACCCACUCAUGUAUGGCGAUAUCACAAUACCGUUUAGUGAUGAGACACAAUACACAUAGACUAAGUGCUAGUCUCUUAAUGGGAAUGGUCGAUAUCCUCAUUGGUGGCGUAACCCUUCGACUAUGAACCCGGUUUAAUAGUUAUAAUACUUAAGGAAAUAUCUCAUGAUCUUAAUAGAUCAAAUAUAAGUAAUUGUAAUAAUUUUAAGGACUAUAUCUAUGCUUGUACGAGGGAAAAAUAUAUAGAAUGCCAAGGUGUUUUAUCAUUAUUACGAAAAAGGAUUAUUUAUUACAAGAAUAGAUGAAAAGACCACAAUCACAAGUGGGCUUGUUGGUCACCUACUCUAACACAAGCACUAGCGAGCUCUUCCUUGCAAUUGAAAAUGAUUAACUAGAGUGCCUCUUGGGAAACACCAUUUUUACGAUGCGAAUUACAAGUAUCGAGAAAAUUGAAAAUGUGAAGAUGAGGAUCUUCACCUGCCAAUCCACUAAAUAACCAGUUAUUUUGGAGCAUCGUCAAGAGGCCUUGCUUGAUCUCGAAAUUAUGGGCCUCGAUGGGGGGAUAUUGAAUGCUCCGAUGGAAUCCAUCAAGAGUGGGGACUAUGUAGUUCUGAAGUGCUCGCGGGCUAACGACUGGCUGUAAUGGAAGUCAUGGGGGUUGUUCUUGGAUUCGAAUUUCGUCUUCAUCGAGAAAAUAAUCCUCCGUGUCUCUUUGUUGUGCGUCCUCCAUUGGAUUGUGUGCGCGUUAGAGUUGCCUACCGGCUUGAAAAGUGCGUUCGAUCUCGGGAUCAAACGAUUCUCUGUCGAGAUUGAGUCUCCUGCGCAUAAAACAGUACCUAUAAAAAUUUUCGGCGCCACUGCCGCUCAUCCCGACCUUUCAAGAAAUCCGUCGAUGGCUCCUCUAAAAUCUUCAAUUCGUACUUUUGCUCAGGUUCUCACAUCGGCUGCUCCGAAGCCACCACCUGCUUGGUUUAACCCUAUUCACCUAUCAUUUUCGCCUCAACAGUUCACAACUAUUGAAAAGGCUCCUGCUUGCUUUUUCUCAUCCUUAGAGAUGGAUCUCUCCUCAAACCAAUUUGAAUACGCUUUAAUCAUGAAAUUCUCCAGAGGUCGUCCAAGCCUCCAUAAUAUUCGUACGAAGAAAUAUCAAUACUGGAAGCUCUCAAAAGAGUAUGUGAUAAGUUUGAUUGAUCCUCGUCAUGUUUGGCUUAUUCCAGCCGAUUAUGACGAUAUGAUUAUGGCCUUAGCACGGGACUCUAAUCCCAUCGGCACCUGAUGUUCUGUAUUUCUCACUGGACGAAAGAUUUCAAUUUCGAUAAACAUAGUACAAGGGUUGCUGCAUGGAUUCGUCUCCCAAAGCUCCUCUUCUACUAAUUUACUUUGCCUUACUUGGAAAGAAUUGGUAAUUAACUUGGCACUUUUCUUCGAUCAGAUGCAAGGAGCAUCAAAUUUCAAAAUUUGAUGUGUGCUCGUUUAUGGGUAGAAGUUGAUGUUUCUACAUACUUACCUCAAAGAAUUUGGAUUGGAGAGUCGAAAGAUAAGGGUUUUUGUCAAAAAGUUGAGUAUGAAGGUAACGUUGGUUUUUGCACACACUCUGGACUAUUGGGUGACUUGAACAGUGACUGUAGAAAGAAACAAAGGGGGCAGCAUGUCUCUCAUUGUCGUCGAGUGGAUUACGACCAGAGCCUCACAAAGAAUGGCAACAAAAAGAUGGUCGUCUUCGCUCCGAAGAUACUGGAAAAAAGGUGAUGCAAUAUAAUGAAGGAAUGCACCAAUCAAUCGGAAUUGUUUUGGCGAAAAACCUAACUCCAAACCCUAAUCUUCCAAGAACAUCGUAUGCAGCCACUGGGAACGAAAAAUCUGAACAUGUUAGUAUCGAGAAUCGAGUUGAAGUAUUGGAACAUGAGAAUGUUGCCCCCGUUGUUUCUUUCUACAAUCAGUGUUUAAGUGAUGCAAUAUAAUGAAGGAUUGAACCAAUCAAUCGGAAUUGAUUUGACGAAAAACCUGACUCCAAACACUAAUCUUCCAGGAACAUCGUAUGCAGCCCCUGGGAACGAAAAAUCUGAACAUGUUAGUAUCGAGAAUCGAGUUGAAGUAUUGGAACAUGAGAAUGGGCAAGCGGUUGCCCCGGUGGUCCGAAUAACCCAAGAAGCAAACAACGCUAUUUCGUCGGAAGUUGAAGCAAUUACAAGUCCAAUUGGUACAACUCUUCAACGUCUUGAAGAGCUGAAAUUGGGGCAUUUGGUGGUUAAAGAUGGGAAUUUUAAAUGUACCGAAAAGGAGUUUAUCUCAAAUCUAGAAUCUCGUUACAUAGAUAAAGGCUCGAUCUCCGAUGGGCAAACACAAGAAGAUGAAGACGAGGAAUCUCAAACUUCGGAAGAAGUAGAUAAGGUACGAGAUUUGGCAGCUGACACCACCGUUCAAGCGCUGUAAUUAGCACCAAGCUCGAAGAAAAAAGCUUAAUCUCCUCCUAACAUCAAACAUAAAAGCCGGGUCGCCCGAGAAAAGAAAUUCCCAUUGAAGAACCACCUAGCCCCAUUGUUUCUUAAUGUCCGUUCUUAUGUGGAACAUUGGAGGUGAAGGAAACCCGAAAUCCAUUCUAUAUCUUUUAAAGAUAAUUAAUCAAAAUAAACUACGUAUAGUGUUUCUUUUGGAACCGAAACAACAGUUUUCUAAAAUUACAAAUUUUGCCCAGAGGAUUGGCUUCAAAAAUUUUAUACAUGGCAGCCCACUUAAUUCAUAUAUUUGGGUUUUUUGGAGGGAUGAGGUGAGUUAGGAGAUGGUGGAAAUUAAUCCUCAAUGUAUUACGGCGAAAGUGGUUAUGCCAAUUUUUUUCACUGGGAAGAUGACUUUCAUUUAUGCUAAGUGAUUAUUUAUCCCCUUUCAGUAGCAACUGUAACGAGCCUUGGCUUCUAGGCGGAGACUUUACGUAAUAAAAACCUUGGAAGAAAAGAAGAGAGGAAUGAAUGAACAUAUGUUAGGGAUGCAAGAAUUUAACGAUUUUUUGGUGGAAGCUUGUCUUACUGAUGCAUGCUUUGAGGGCAAUCUUUUCAGAUG